GAGGCACAUCCCAUUCUUUAAAAACGCAAGCUGAUUAUCACUGAAUUUAUUUCCAGUCCAUGGGAUACUCAUUUGAUUACUAUUAAUAUUUUCCACCGCCGCUCAGUUCUUAUGCUCGCAUUCACUGCCAAUGGCAUCCAAGGCGUUGACCGAGUGGCGCAAGCUGCCAGUAACCCUGGCAGAGCUUUGCAUUGAUACCACGCUGCGCUGCGGACAAUCCUUUCGCUGGCGAAAAAUUAAGGAUGAAUGGAUCUGCGCUCUUCACGGCAGAAUUCUCGCAUUGAAACAGGAUCCCAAAUAUGUUCACUAUAAGAUAACUUGGCCUGAUGCUAUGCCAGGUGUCGCAAAAUCUUCAAUAAAACGAAAUGGAGAUGCUCUAGAUGAUAGCGAAGAGCUUUUACGGCGUUACUUUGCGCUCAAUGUCAAUCUUACAGCACUCUACGAACAGUGGUCCGCAGCAGACGCCAAUUUCCGUCAAAAAGCUCCCAAAUUCACGGGCGUUCGAAUGCUAAGCCAAGAUGCAUGGGAAGCGCUUAUAUGUUUUAUAUGCAGCAGUAACAACAAUAUUGCUCGUAUUUCACAAAUGGUACACAAGCUCUGCCAACACUACGGCCCUUUAAUUGGCUACGUGGAUGGUGAGCCCAUUCACGACUUUCCUACGCCAGAAGCCCUCUGCGCAAGCGAUGUUGAGUCCCGUUUGAGAGAGCUUGGUUUUGGAUACCGUGCCAGAUACAUUGCGGAAACAGCCCGUGUAAUCGCGAAUGAUAAGCCUGUUGGGUGGCUUGAGGGCCUACGAAACCCUGGCUACGAUAUAAAAGUCGAGAACGGCGAUGGAGAGAGUACACGGUCAACAUAUAAAGCGGCGCACGAAGAAUUGCUUACCUUGUCUGGAGUUGGGCCAAAGGUUGCCGACUGCGUAUGCUUGAUGGGCUUGGGCUGGGCAGAAUCUGUUCCAGUCGAUACCCACGUUUGGCAAAUAGCACAGCGCGAUUACAAAAUGGGCAAAGCCAAAACCAAAACCUUUAACAAAGUUAUGUACGAUGCGGUUGGCGACUUAUUUCGCAAUAUUUGGGGCAAUUAUGCUGGCUGGGCCCAUUCCGUCUUAUUUACAGCUGACUUGCGAGCAUUUUCGGACAAGGGCUUCAAACAGGAGCCCAUUGAGGAGGAUGAGAUUAUGAAGAAUGAGAGAUCACCAGUGAAGAAGCGAACAACAGCCAACAGCAACAGAAAUAAUAGUGACGUUGCACCUGUUAAGAAGGAAGAAGAGGCAGAAGACGUCAAGGUCUCGUCGCUGCCAUCGCCUGGCCCCGCAAAACGUCGCCGAAUUAAAUAGAGUUAAGGUGUAUAAAUAAUAUUUAAUGAUCAUUCUAUCUUAAAUUUC